UUGCCAUUCACCACCAUUAUAAACUUUAAUUAAUUUGUCUCUUGCUUCAAUAGCCUAUUGAGUUUGACUCUGGAAGUUAAUUCAGCAGGAAUAAUGAAGUUCUUCAGAUCUCCUUCAAAGUUGAAUGCCACUUCUGUACUACUAUUACUCUUCUUUUGCUAUUACUCAACAGAUGCGUUUGAUGCAUUUGAUCCCAAUGGGAACAUCACAAUAAAAUGGGAUGUCAUCAGUUGGACACCAGAUGGAUAUGUCGCUGUGGUGACUAUAAACAACUUCCAGCAGUAUAGGCAUAUCCAACCACCAGGCUGGAGUUUGAAAUGGACAUGGGAAAAGGAUGAGGUGAUAUGGAGCAUGCUGGGAAGUCAGACUACGGAGCAAGGUAAUUGCUCAAAAUUCAAAGGAGAUAUUCCCCAUUGCUGUAAGAAGGAUCCAACAGUUAUCGACUUGUUGCCUGAAACUCCUCACAACCAGCAGAUUGCAAAUUGUUGCAAGGGAGGAGUUGUCAACUCAUGGGGCCAUGAUCCUUCAAAUUCCAUUAGUUCAUUCCAACUCAGUGUCGGUUCUGCUGGAACAACCAACAAUACAGUUAGAAUACCUAAGAACUUCACCUUAAAUGCACCAGGACCUGGAUAUACUUGUGGACCUGCUAAAAUUGUUAAACCAACUAAAUUUUUUACUCCAGAUGGGAGAAGAGUGACACAGGCUAUGAGCUAA